CCAUAAUUCGAACGCUUCCUAGUCCGAGUCAGGCUGUCCAAUUCGCCUUCCCCAUCCUUGUUCUUUUUAUCCAUCAUGCUGUCACUCUGAGCCAAGCCAUGGUCGUUGAUGGUGGUUGUGGCAACAUUGUACCCAGAGGUAGCUUUGCGCAGACGCCCACUGAUAUGACAGGGCUUGUACCCAGAGGUGCUUUGGCGCAGGCGUCCACUGCGACAUGCAUAUCUUCUGAUAGAUGGAUGAACAACAGCCUCCAACAGAACCCUUGCGUGGUUGCUUCCUACCUCCAGGGCGUCUGCGUGGGUGGAGAUUUUACAGUCGGUCCUUUGUCUUCCGGUUGGUUUUAUGGAGCUCCCUCGGGCGAUGAAGCAACCGCUUGCGCAUGUAGUACAGUAACCUACUCGAUGUUGGCCGCUUGCAGCGUUUGUCAGGAUACCUUGUAUUUGUCCUGGUCUUCCUGGUGCUCCAACUGCUCCAUGAUAUCCAUCGGAUUAUAUCCGAUGGACAUUCCUGCUGGUACCAAAGUUCCGAAUUGGGCAUAUUUGAACGUGACUGCUGGGUUCGACCCUAUCGCAGCGCUAAACAACGGAGACUUCCCGGAAUCUACUGCAACCCAUGUACCAUCUACUACCACUACCACAGUCACUUAUUUGUCCACUUUGUCUGCUUCGUUCAUCACUGUGUACGCCUCUUUGACUAGUUCUUCAGCCGCAGCCACAGGACUUUUUCCGUCAUCAACAUCUACUAGUAGCUUAACAAGUUCAAACGUUAGAACUGUAGCUGGGGGUGUUGUUGGCGGAGUUAUAGGAGGUGCAGCCAUCAUAAGCUUCGUGAUCUGGUUCCUUGCCAAACGUCAUCUCUCCUCAAAACCAUCAGCCGCUUUCAACAUAGGUGGAGGUCCGGACCGCAGUCGAAGUUUUUACUCUACUCACACUAAUACAUUUUCGAUGACGCGGCAAUCACGUCUCUAUGACCCCUCGAACCCAACCACAUUCCCAAGUCAUUCUCACUCCCUCACCGGCCUAAUCACCUCAUCUAGCAACACAGACCCAAAUCCAUUGAUGCCCUCACCCGUCCUUCCCCAACAGUUCCGUCUAGGACAGUACGCUAGUAUUCCACAGAUCUAGAGUGGCUUAUCUCACUUGAUGUUCUGGUAAACAAAAGUUGAAACGUUGCUUUUCAGACUUGAUGGGUACUACUCAUAAUAAUAUAAAAAGUUCUCGGGAUGGCGGUU